CCGGCAGCUGGUGGUCCCGCUCACCACGGUGUCCCAUGCAUAUUUAAUGCUCCUCGAGCGCGUAUCGCGGUCGUGCGUCCGUCUCUCCGGCACCUGCUCAUCACUUGUUACGGUUUCGAGCAUCGGUAUCGGUGUCGCGAGUUCGUUUUUUAUACGCGGGGGGUGAACGGGGGUCGUCGUCGUUAUCGCGGUCGAGUUUCCCUUCGGAGUUCUCGAACAUGGUGUUCAAAGCAUUCGUCACUUCCGGGGGUUAAGUACGCGUAGGAAUCGCGUCGAUACACCUACCAUCGAGAAACUAUGAAAGUGGCUAAAAACGGAGGAUAAUAAUAGGCGGAGAGUGACGUAGCAGAGCUCAGGAACAGGCGAUGAGGCGGCUGGCAUACUCGGCGGCCCUCGGCAAGGGCCCCGGCCGCCCGGUCAGCGCCACUUGAACGAGGCACGAAGAGGACCAAUGAGCAGGGCGCGGGAUGGGCUCGUCCUGGCUCGCGGCCCUGCUGCUCACGGUAACGGUGUCCACGUUCUCCGGAGCUAACCCGACCUCGGCAUCAACCUCCCCAUCCGAUACGGAAGGAUCCUAUCUCGAGAAGGCCAGCAUAGAGGAGGCCCUGGCGGUGAUCGAGGCUGCGUCCACCGGAUCUCUCGGGGAAGCUUGCGCCACCGGUUCCGGUUACAAGUCCCUCCUCGCCGCUCUGGAUCCUCGCCGGUACGACACGGCUCGUCAAAAGGCCGACAUGGCUGCGAUGAUGCUCCAAGACCUGGGUGUCGCUCGCCACAACACUCUCCUGGACGCCGUCGCACGGUCGCUCCUCGCCUCCGUCGACGACGCCGUCGCCACAAGAGUCGUCGCGCUUAACGCAUCGACAGGGGUCGUCGUCGGGUCCACCUGGUGGGAACGGGCCCCCGGGGGUGUGGGCGAACCCCUUCGCGCCCGGGACGAGAACCACGCUCUCCAGUCAGGUUCCCGGCCGGAUCCAAAGCUCCCCUGGUUCGAGGACGCCGACACGAGUCCUGGGCUCAGGUCGCCGAAGUUCAUGCAGUCACCACCGAUUGAAUCCUACAGGGGGUGGUGGACCCUUCCGUACUUCUCAUGCAAGGAACAUCGCUGGCUCAUCUCCUACAGCGUCAGCGUGCCGCCUCCGAAUCGACACGGGAUCCGGGAUUUCCUCAGCAUGGACGUCGACGUGAGUGACCUGGAGGUGAACCAGUGCGACCUGGAGCAGACGACGCGCGAAGAAGCAUCCUCUGAGAACCAAAUCGCGUCUUUUCGGGGGACCCACAAGUGCCAUUCGACAACACAGUGCGAGUAUCAGAGUCCUGCAAGCCGAGUCAACGGAAAGACGGUUGGUGCCGGGUGGAUGAAGGGUGCCUACGUCUGCAGAUGUCGUCCAGGGUUUUAUACAGCCGGGCAUCAUCAGUCUGGGUUUAAUGGGACGCUCGUGGAGGCUGCGUGGAAAGAGAUGAAGGAGAACAAGACCGAUCUGUACGAGCGGGUUUUCCGGUGCUUGGCCUGUGCACCGGGAUGCAGUUCGUGCAAAGGCCCGGAACCUUGUCUGGCCACCUAUAAUUGGCCUUUUAGGAUCGCCCUGCUCACCGUGUCGGUCUCCUGUGCCUUCGGAACCGUCGUUCUGGUCGGUUAUAUGUACCAGCAUCGGAAACUCAAGGUCUUUAAGGUCGCCUCGCCAAUUUUUCUCUCCAUCACGCUGCUCGGCUGCGCCAUAAUGUAUUUAGAGAUGGCUGCAAUUUUUCCCGUCUUGGAUAUCUAUUCUUGUAUCGCGACUAAGUGGAGCAGGCAUCUUGGCUUUUGCAUCACGUACACGGCGCUCCUAAUGAAGACGUGGAGAGUGUCUCUGACCUACCGAGUAAAAAGUGCACACAAGGUAAAACUCACGGACAAGCAGCUCCUCCAAUGGAUGGUUCCGAUCCUUCUGGUGAUGCUGAUCUAUCUGGGAACCUGGACUCUGAGUGCUCCACCGAUUGCCGAAGUGAUCGCCGACAGCCACGGUCUCCUCUUCAAUCAGUGCUCUUUCAACUGGUGGGACCACAGCAUGGCUAUAGGUGAGGUAAUCUUCUUGGCUUGGGGUAUCAAGGUCUGCUACAACGUCCGGAAUGCCGAGAGUCUCUUCAACGAGGCGCGCCUCAUCAGCUAUGCGAUAUACAACAUCGCGGUAGUCAACACUGCCAUGGUCGCGAUUCACCUGUUCAUAUUUCCGCAAGCGGGACCGGACAUAAAAUACCUCUUGGGAUUCGCGCGUACUCAGCUCUCGACAUCGGUGACGGUGUUCCUGGUCUUUGGCCCGAAGGUACUCCGGGUACUUCGCGGUCAAGGAGACCAGUGGGACAGUAGAGCCAGAGGAAGAGCGGGUGUCAGCGCCAGUUUCUCGUUAAACGGCAUUGGCCUGGUCCCGGAGGAAGCGGCAGACCUCACCCAGGAGAACGAGGAGCUCAAGGAAGAAAUCCAGAAAUUGGCGGCCCAAAUCGAGUUCAUGAAGAUCGUCCACAUGGAGAUGCACAACAGGCACAUCAAGCCCAAGGCUGGGGGAUACUUCAGCACGCCGGGUCACGGUCAUCCCUCAUCGGCGCAGAGUCCGAUCGCCAAAAGUUCGACGGCCAGUUUCAUCCUGAAGGCUCAACAUUUUUGCCAAAGCGCGGUAGAGCGCGGGGCGACAGCGGCGGCCGCUGCGGCUGUCGAGGACUCCACCUUUCCCUCGGGGAGCCUGCACAGGGCUCGUCGUCGGGAGAUGCGGAAGGAACGAGAACGCGAGAGGGAACGGGAGAACGAACGGGAACGCGAGAGGGUCGAGAGAGCGGAGAGAGCCGAGAGGGCCGAGAGGGCUAAGAGGGCCGAGAGGGCCGAGAGGGCCGAGAGGGAGUCUCAGUAUCAGGCGCAGAAGAGCGCGGAACGCGUCUGACUAGUGGUAAAUAGUGAGGAGAUAUGGUUGUGACAAAGACGGUCAAUAAAGUUCCGAAACGCAGUGUUUGGAAAAAUCCUGGAACGCAAGACGAGCUCGAAGCGUCGUGGCUUGAAAAAAUGGCGUCUUCCCCGACUCGACGCCAGGCUUCCGGUCUUCGUCUGAGUCGUCGGUAACCGAAAGUAUGACCGGAAUCACUGUCCUUGUAACCGUGUCGAUUAACGUGCUCUGCAAGCUCUACGGCAUGUCCGAAUAUUGCGAAUAUUGCUCCUCGCGCCUUGAAUCUGCGGGGCUUACACGCCUACAUGUGCAACUACAUAGGUAUGUAUGUAAUACGCGACUUGGAUGCGAACGUUUCCCAAACCCGUAUGUAUGUCCGAAUACUUGCCCUGUACCCAUGAUAAUAUACUAUACGCGCGUUUUGAAAACCGUUUACAAAUUUUUUACACCAUGAUAUACCCGCCGCGGAGACGAUUAGAAUUUGGAGUGUAGAGAAAACGGUCAUGUUACGUGUACCUUCUGUUCACGAUCGUAGCUUCUUACUAUUUGCUUACGUGUACGUUUGAGAAAUAUAUAUUAUAAUGUUAUUCGACCGCAUGAUGUAUACAAUUACAUGGAUAAAUUGGACGUUGAACGUUCGUAUUGUUUUAGACGCGAAUUAUGAUCGUGGCUAUCGGCAAAGUGUCGAUCCACUUUAUUACAAAGUACUAUCGGUGAAUUUAUCGUAUUGUACCGAAGUAACUAUACAUAGAUAUAUUACAAAGUGUUGAUAAGGGUAUUCAUAUACAUUAUAUAUCAGUGUUGACAAUAUGUACGUACUUACUACGCUAUAAGGGAGCGACGAGACGGGGAGCAGGGCUAGCUGUCGCGAUUCACGAUCCUUUUCUGGGAUUUAUUCAUUCAAUUACAAUUUCUACCAGACUACUCCAUCGUGCGAUACAAAACGUUCCCUUUUGUACCGGGACUAAUUUUUUUACCAGGAGAAUCCCGGACGUCGCGAAAAUGCGAACCGCCUUUGAUUUCGGUUUAGAUUCGAAAUCGCAAAUUUGCUUCAUACCUGAAAUAUCAAAAUUUACCAUAAUAAACGAGUCGAAAUAAGAUAAUUUAGACUCUACGGUGCUCAUUUUUAUUCAGCAGAAUCAAAAUAAUUACGAAUAAAAUUGAAAAAAACAAAUUUAAGCAAAAUCCAAAUAGCACGGAUAAAUGCAACGUUCAGCCUUGCUCUCCCAAAUAGAGACAUAUACCCACGUGUAUAAUGUUAUAUAUUUUAUAGAAAUUCUUUUCACUAGUGAAUAUGGUUACGCAUUCGAGCCCGUUCUAAAUUAUCACUCGUCGAACGUUUUCUGCCGUAUUUAAAGGGACACGUGAGUCCUCCACGAACGUUCUUGGCUCGUUACACAAAGACUCAGGCAUUUUCUAGUUGUAGUUAUUCCGUUAUAGACGCACCUCCGUUUUUCUAUUGCCGAUACUUCAUAGUCGUACAGCUGUAUGUCUCCUAGACUUAGACUAAUAAUAAACGCUUUGGCCGAAUGCGCGACGCCUGGCUAAUAUAGUAUUCAGUAACAAACAUCGCUUCCGGUGUCAUUUAGAAUGGGCUCAUUCCGCGGCUCGUAUUCCAGAUGUUUCUUUUUCACCGAUGCCUGAUCAAUCGGCAAGGUGAGUUUUUCUUUUCGUUGCCUGUUUUUUCAUAUAUAUAUAUAUAUAUAUAUAUUUUGUUUUUUUUUAUAUGGAGGAACGAAGAUUCCGUAAUUGACGAAGUAAUAAUUCCUUGUAUUUUUUUUCCUUUCUUUUUUGGAAUUCGUUUGGGUAAAUUUUAGAUAUGUAGAUAGAUAAUUACGUGUGAUGCAAAUGCAGAUUAUUUAUACGAACAUAAAUCUAUACUAUAUACAUCCAUAUACACAUAUUAUUAUUAUUAUACAUGGACACAGAAAUAAGUAUAUAUAUAUUAUAGGAACAUAAUAAUACAAUAUUGCCGUUUAGCUGUAAAAUGUUUAUUGUACAAUAUCGAUGUUGAACGUGUGUAAUUUUCAUAAACGACUUAACACAUUUAUUAUGCUUGACGAAAGCGUGAUAUUGAGUAUGUUACACGAUUCAUAGAAGUAUAAAUCACUGUUGACGGGUGAAGAAAUCUUUAAAGUAGAAGUAAAGAAAGAAAAGGGAAUAUAAAACGAGAUUGUAAAAGAAUAAGAGAGAAAAGAAAAAACGGUGAAGUAACACUCGCAGUAAUUGAUAAUGUAUUAAUUAUUCACUUACCAGUCGCGUAAAUUAAAUUGAAUCUGAUUUGCGGGAGGAUAUUAAAUAAUUAUAUGAUAAACUUGUCAAUUGUGGGCUAAGCGCGUACCUGUCUAUAUUAUGCAUACACACAUGCAAACAAACUUGUAACGUACAAUAAGCGUGAAGCGAGAUCAUUUUUUGCAUUAAGUGAGUAAAACAUGGCUCGAAAUUUCGUGCGUCUAACACGACGUGGAAAUACAGGCCGAAUUAACAACCUGCGGUAAGACGAGACUCGGCGUUAGGUGCAAAAACCGUUUUAUGAUUAAAAUUGGGCUCGCCAGGCAACGUGGGUUGGCUCAUUUUCGUGAAACUAUGUACCUUGAGCUAUACCUACACGUAGUUGCGCUUAUUGAUGUCCGUCGCGUAGAGAUGCGUGUGCAACUUUUGUCUAACGAAGUUGCUUCCCUCGCCACAUGCUUACGCCCAGUUCUUCGGCGAUAGUUUUAAACUUUACCUGAGAACGAAAACACCCAAGAGAGAAUAAGUAAGUCGGUGAAGUUAUUGUAUAUCCAAUCCAGAACACAUCUGGCAGGGUUAAUUAUUCGGUCCUGUUAAAUUGUGGUCUAGGAUUCAUCUGCGAUUCCACAUCGGAAGAUAAAUCGAUGUCAGAGGUUUACAAACCGGCAAGAGUAAACUAUAAUUCUCACCGGUGGUGUCGUAUCAAAUUAUGUAACUUCCAAAUAACAAAUUCCACCAGAAUUUAGUCUCGUUUCGGGGAAAGACAGAAAAGAUUUUUCGAGUCAGCUGAGAUCUGUUUGAAUCGUGAGCCAAAAAUGAUGAUCACAUAAUACGUCUGAACGAGUAUUUUACCUCUUACAGUCAAAAAUACUUUAUCCAAUGUUAAAGAUUGAAGAUAAACUAAUUUUUUUUUUUAAUUGAUCACAUUGACCGCAAAUUUGUUUCCUGUUCGAUGGUCAGGAUUACAGUAAACUACAGUAAUUAUACAGUUCAAAGAAUAUUUAGAAAAAAAAGUUUCGAGAAACCGAUUGAAAUUACAUUAUUACUGAAAACGAGUGCAGACACCAUUGGUUGGUUAUACCGAUGACCAUAACAACGUAACUGCGAUGUCAUAUUAAACUUCGGUAAAAUUAUAAGAUAUAGUAACAAUUAGUGCGAAUUUUGAAUACGUAAGUAGGCUCGUAAGUUAUAAUUUUAAGAUUAUCAAUCUGUCGUUAAUUAAAUGAAUAAAUUAUAAGGAUGCGCGAAGCGUUGAGAGGCCACCGAGAAGUUAUACGAAUGAGCCCCAAACAUAAUUUUGUUUAAUAUUGGAAAUUGUUGUUGCCAACCGAGUAUACCGUUCGCAAGAGCAAAUUCCGAGGCUGCUCUCUGGCCCCUCGCGAGAAUAGACAAACAUGGAUCCUCUACGUUGUAUAGGAAUUAGGUUGAGUUAAUUAUGACUCAUUAGAUAAAUAUACGAUAUGCGCGGACAAAUUGCUAUUUGCAAUAUUGCUUUCUAUGUCGUAAUUGCACUUCAUUAUAAUCAAUUUGGAUGUGCCUCGUCAAAGAGAUGAGUAGAUAGAUACACGUACAAAUAAGAUUGUGAAGAAAGGUAACAAAUAACUUAUUAGAUCGAUAAAGAAACAAAAUUAGGAACUUAACCGGUUGUCUGGCGAGCCUCAAUUGUACGGAAAACAUAUUCGUACCUAACGUCGUAUUUCUUUGUUGAAAUAGUUUCACUUGUUUUUUGGUCAAUAUUUUAGAUAUUUCCAAUCGAAUUCGUUUUUCACCCCU